AGUCUCAGUUAUGUUUGUUGAUACCUACAGUGGUGGGACUGAAGUAAGCAGGAAAACACAUAAGAAAGGAUUUGUAUCUCUGGGACUAUCGUCUUGAUCCCUCUCAUAUUUUGCCUCUGUCGGACUUAUACUUCAUCAUGUCAAACGUGCAGCUCUCUGGCACUUUGGAACGACUCGUUGCGAGGCGAACGUUCCCUUUGCACGCGCGUACCGGCGUUUGUCGGAACUUAUUUGGACCGGUUGAUCACGACGAGCUAAGCGUUGAGUUGAGAGGAAAACUCGGAGAAAUUAUUGAACGGGAUCAGAGGCGCUGGAAUUUUAAUUUUAAGGAAGACACACCGUUACCAGGCCAUUACGCGUGGGAAGAUGUAUCAACAAUAGGGCCUGCAUUCUAUCGGGAUUGUCUGAAAAUCGGGAGAAAACAAUCUGGUCUAUCAGAGAAUGAAAUAGUAAACCCAGAAUCGACAACAGUGGACUAUAAAGAUGCUAAGGUGUCAGUGUGUAACGAACUCCUUUCGAGCAACGUGAGAGUUUUCUCUGCUAACAGCAGUGGGAUUAACCAGGAGAACCGCUAUGAAAAUGUAAACUCUGGGAGUAAGGGAUGCCCGUCUACACCUUCUGUUUGCAGGAAAAACACACAAUCGUCUGACUCGUCAAAAUUGAGCUCCACACAAGUCACAGAUUUUUUCCACAAAAGAAAACGCACAUAUGCCGGAAAGGAAACAGAAUGCACAUCACCAAAUCUUGGUGUUCCAGUUUCUGCAGAACAAACACUUCGUAAAAGAAUACGAUAAAGAGGCCUUGCUGUCAGGAGUUCAUAAUUUGCAGCGCAGAUGAAUGGCACUCCGAAGAACCAGAAGGAGGAUGGACGGUGAACGGGACCCUGAAGUCCAGAUAAAUGUAGCAAAACACUGGCACUGCUGCUUAUAGUGUUGUGUCUUAAAGACAGUUUGAAGUGGCUGAGACGUAGCGAUGGAAAUUAAAUGUUAGCGCGUUUUGUAUUGUUUAUUUCCUAUUUAAUUGUUAUUUUCUUUAUAAAUGUAUUAACUUAAACUUUAUUUAUUCUUAUUAUUCAACCUUUGUUGAUGUGUUCUAUGUACUGUAUGUUUGUAAACAGUUUGUUGAAUCGGCGGAGAGGUUUGGUUUUAAUUAUUUUAUAUUUUGUUAUAUGAUUUUAAUUAUUUUUA